UAAAGUGCAAAAGCUAAUUACUAGAAGAAAAAGACAAGUUGAAAAAUAAUAAGAAGAAGAAUAUUAGACAUAAUGACAACAUCAUUCCCCAUGAAUGAUGGUGAUAGUGCUUAUAGCUACUUCGAAAACUCCAACAUACAGAAAGAAGUGAUAGAUGGUGCAAAGGAGAUAGUGAGAGAUGCAAUUAUUGAAAAACUUGACGUUGAAAUCAUGUUAUCUUCUUCACACACAUUUCGUAUUCUAGAGUUGGGAUGUUCAAUUGGACCAAACACUUUUUGUGCAAUGCAACAUGUUGUAGAUGUUUUAAAGGAAAAAUACCAUAAUAUUAUUCUUGAAUUUCAAGUAUUUUUCAGCGAUCAUGUGGACAACGAUUUCAACACCCUCUUUCGAUCACUACCCAUCGAUCGAUCCUACUAUGUAUCCGGAGUUCCAGGAUCUUUUCAUGGUAGAUUAUUUCCAUCGCGAUCGAUACAUUUUGCUCAUUCUUCUUGUGCUAUACAUUGGUUAUCUAAGAUUCCAAAAGAGUUGUUUGAUGAAAAAUCUCCAGCAUGGAAUAAGGGAUUGAUUCAUUAUAUAGAUACAUCAAAUAUUGAAGUAGUGAAUGCUUAUGUUGCUCAAUUUGAAAAGGAUAUGGAAAUGUUCUUCAAUGCAAGAGCUGAGGAGAUUGUUCCUGGAGGAAUGAUGGUGCUUAUUACACCAUUUUUAAGUUGCGUACGUCUCCUGAAAUUUUACAAUUCUACUCUUAUGGAUUUGAUGAAUGAGGGAAAGUUAGAUGAAUCUUUACUUGACUCAUUCAAUUUGCCAAUGUAUUUUCCUUCUCCUGAAGACAUGACUAAAGUGGUGGAAAAAAAUGGUUGUUUUAGCAUUGAGAAAUUAGAGUUAAUAUAUACCAAAUCAAAGCUUGUGGAUGAGGCUGAUGCAAAGACUAUAAUCAUAAACCUAAGAGCUGCUUUAGAAGGACUUUUCAUUAAUCAUUUUGGGAGUAAAAUAGCAGAAGAAGUUUUUGCAAGAAUUAUUCUCAAAAGUGAAGAGAUUUCAGCAUGGAUGAAAGUUAAUUGCAACAAAUCAUGCCAAUUAUUUGUUGCUUUGAAGCGUAAAUGAAUUUCUAUGGAUGAAUCUAUGUAUAUAUAUUAUAGGGAAAAUAACAUUCUUAGUCUUUUUGUUAUUGUAUUCCUUAUUUUAGUUUGUGAUAUUCGACUAUAAGUAUGUUCGACCUUCAAUUAA